UGGGACUGCCUUUCAUCCUUCCCUUUGCCACCAGGGCGCUGGCUGGUUCCUGGAGCAACGUCUUCAUUCCUAUCCAGCUCUUGACACCAGCUUUCCUUCCCUAAGGCUGUGGUCUCAUAAAGGCCCAACCCGGCUGCUGGUCAUACCUCGCCUUCAAUGCUUCUCCUUUCUCUUCUUGGACCUGGGACUUAACUCUGCCUGAGCCCUUUGGACCACACUCAGGAUCUUGGGCUGAUGGCCCCUUGCCCCUCACACCAGCAACUUGUAAUUGGAGGGCAGAUAGGUCCCAGCUGAAGGGGGACACUCGCUGGAAGGGUUGCCAAGAGUGUGAGCUAGCUGGAUACCCUGCUGUCUCCUAAGCCACCUCUCCAACCUGGGCAACUUCCAUGGAGAAACGCCCCUGUCAGUAGGCCACACUCAUGGCACGUGGCCAAGCUGCUGGAGGGAUGCCCUGAAGCGGCCACCACCAUGCACUUCCCUUCUGAAGCCUUCAGCUUGUCCUGGCAUUCCGGCUGCAACACAAGUGACGUGUGUGUGCAGUGGUGUCCACUUUCCCGGCACUGUAGCACCGAGAAAAGCAGCUCCAUUGGCAGCAUGGAGAGCCUGGAGCAGCCAGGCCAAGCCACCUAUGAGGGCCAUCUCUUGCCUAUUGACCAGAACAUGUACCCAAAUCAGCGUGACUCAGCCUAUAGCUCCUUCUCAGCCAGCUCCAAUGCCUCUGACUGUGCCCUUUCCCUGAGGCCAGAAGAGCCAGCCUCCACAGACUGCAUCAUGCAAGGUCCAGGGCCAAGCAAGACUCCCAAUGGCCAACCUAAUGUGGCUGAGACCUCAGGAGGUGGCCAGCACACCAGUGGGGACCGCCUGACGCCAAGCUCCCAGAUGUCACCCCACUCACAGGAGAGCCACCACUCAGCACCUGCCAAGGCAGGCAGGGGACCACCCCAACCUCCAGUGAGACGGGACAGCCUUCAGGCCUCCAGAGCCCAGCUCCUCAAUGGAGAGCAAUGCAUGGCUUCUCAACCUGUGGAUUCCUUGCAACAAAACGAGAAACCAAGCCUGGACACAGCACUAGCCCCAAGGAGCCCGAACAGGUUCUGCUGCCUCAGUGAACAAGACCAAGUGACAAGUGAGGACCAUCCGAACUGUGAGCUCAGCCAGCCUCCUGAAUGUAACCAGCAGAACUCCAGGCAUCUACUGAUGGAGGCCUCUACCAAAGCUGUGGGAUCCCUGAAAUCCUGUGACAAAGCUUCCAACAGAAAUUCCAACCCUCUCAAUGAGCCUUCAACUGAGCUCUCUAAGGCUCUGUCCUUUGGCAGCCCCCCACACCUCACGGGAUCCACAGGGCAUCGCCAUAGUGCCCCUGAACAGCUGUUGGCAUCCCACCUGCAGCAGGUACACCUGGAUCCCAGGGGCAGCAGCAAGGGGAUGGAGCUCCCAGCUGGGCAAGAUGGGCACCAAUGGACUCUGUCCCCUUUACAUAACAGCCACAAAGGGAAGAAAAGUUCAUGUCCCCCCCCAGGAGGAAACCAGGACAAACUCAGCAAGGAAAGAAACACCAGGCCAGUGGAUGAUCACCCUCUGGGUUCAGGACAUCAGAGCCAAAGCAGUUCCCCUCAUGGAGAGGUCGAUGGACAUCCCCUAGAGAGAAAUUUCCUGGACCCAAACACAGCAAGCAGAGCAGGCAAUGAACUGGCCAGCCAGCAGCCCUCUGUCUCUGGCUCCCAUGUUCAACAAACCAGGGACUGUUCUUCAACUGCUAAAGUAGCCCGUAGUGCAGAGGUGACAGAAGAAGGGGACAGUGAGUCCAAAGAGUAUGGCCAGACGGGUGGUAGGCGAAGUGGAGGGACCCGGGGCCGCUCCAUCCAAAACCGGCGGAAGAGCGAACGUUUUGCUACCAACCUGCGUAAUGAAAUUCAGAGGAGGAAGGCCCAGCUCCAGAAAAGCAAAGGUCCGCUGUCACAACUGUGUGACCCUAAGGAGCCAGUGGAAGAGACCCAGGAGCCCCCAGAAAGUCCUCCACUCCCUGCCCCCAACUCUUCGCUUCUAUCAUAUAAAAAUGCCCCUAGCUCCAAAGACAAACUCUUCAACAAAAGCAUGAUGCUCAGGGCGAGAUCUUCAGAGUGCCUCAGCCAACCUCUGGAGAGCCACGAACCUAGGACAGGCUUGGAGGGCCGCAUAAGCCCUGGGCAGAGGCCUGGCCAGUCCUCUUUGGGCCUGAACUCCUGGUGGAAAACAUCUGACCCAUCCUCCUCAGCCCCUGAGAAAGCAAGUGUUCACCAAGGAGUCCGUGGAGGUCACUGGAGAUGGUCUCCAGAGCAUAACCUGCAGCCACACAUGGCGCUAACCAUGGAAGGCCCUUCCAGCUCAUGUGACAACCAAGAAGUGAAGGCUUCUACUGCCCAAGCUGGGGAGGAAGCCAUCCUCUCGCCUUUUGCCGACAGAAUAAAGUUCUUUGAGGAGAGUAGCAAAUCCUUAUCUACAUCUCAUUUGCCAGGGUUAACCACUCACAGCAACAAGACUUUUACCCAGAGACCAAAACCUAUAGACCAAAACUUCCAGUCCAUGAGCUCUAGCUAUCGGGAGUUGAGGCGCCAUCCUAUGGACCAAUCGUAUCAUUCCACAGACCAACCGUAUCAUGCCACAGACCAAUCUUAUCAUUCCAUGUCAUCCCUACAGUCGGAAACUCCCACUUACUCAGAAUGUUUUGCAAACAAAGGUCUAGAAAAUUCCAUGUGUUGUAAGCCACUGCACUGUAGUGAUUUUGAUUGCCGCAGGACCUGCUCUUACUCCUGCAAUGUUCAGGGGGCUGUGGUCCACGAUCCUUGCAUUUAUUGCUCUGGGGAAAUCUGCCCUGCCUUGCUAAAGAGAAAUAUGAUGCCAAACUGCUACAACUGCAGGUGCCACCACCACCAGUGCAUCCGGUGUUCAACCUGCUACCAUAAUCCUCAGCACAGCACCCUCGAAGACAACAGCUUGGUGCCUGGCAACACUUGGAAACCCAGGAAGCCAACAGUGCAGGAAUUUUCUGGGGACAAAUGGAACCCAAUAACAGGAACCAGGAAGACCAGCCAGUCAGGGAGGGAAAUGGCUCAUUCCAAGGCUAGCUUUCCAUGGGCAACCCCCUUCCAUCCAUGCCUUGAGAACCCAGCGCUGGAUUUAUCAACCUACCGAGCGGUUUCUUCUCUUGACCUCCUUGGAGACUUCAAACACGCCUCGAACAAAACGGAGGAACCUUCCGUUUCUGAGGAGAGCACCCUUGCCUCCAUGCCUCGCCCACUGCGCAGCCGCGCUUUCUCUGAGAGUCACAUCAGCUUGGAGCCGCAGAGCACCCGGGCCUGGGGGCAUCAUCGGAGGGAGAUCUUUACCAAAGGUGAUGAGUCCCAACCAGAUCCUCUUGGAACCAGGAAAAAGGCCUUUCCUCCUCCUCGUCCUCCACCUCCCAACUGGGAGAAGUACAGGCUAUUCCGGGCAGCCCAGCAACAGCAGCAGCAGCAGCAGCUGCCGCCGCCGCCGCCGCCGCCGCCGCUGCCGCCGCAGCCACAGCAGCAGCAAGAGCAGCAGCAGCAACAGCAAGAGCAAGAGCCACAGAAGGAUGAGGAAGAAGAAGGCGAGGAGGAAGAGGAGGAGGAGGAGGAGGGAGAGGAGGAGGAAGAACUGCCGCCCCAAUAUUUCAGUUCAGAAACCACUAGUUCCUGUGUCCCCAAUCCUCAGCAGGUCCUAGAACAGCCACAACCGCCGAGCCUUGGCCACCUGGAGGCCCCGAGGCAGAGUUCACAAAGCCUUCCAGCAGAGCAAGAGUCCUUUGCUCUCCAUUCCAGCAAUUUCUUGCCUUUAGGAAGAGGUCACUUGAGCUCUCAACCUGACCAGGCUCAGCCCCCUUGCUACUAUGGCAUCGGUGGGCUUUGGAGGACAUCGGAACAAGAGGCCACUGAUUCCCCCAAACCAGAAGCCUUGGUGGCAGAAGAGUCCAAACCCAAGUCAGCAUGGAGCCAGAGCUACUUCUUCCCUGCAGCCUUUGGUGAACCCAAGACAACAGGACAAGAGUUUCAGCACUUCUCACCUCCUCCGGGAGCCCCAGGAGUCCCUACCUCUUAUUCAGCUUAUUACAAUAUUUCUGUGGCCAAAGCAGAGCUGCUGAACAAGUUGAAAGACCAACCAGAGAUGGCAGAGAUUGGCUUUGGGGAGGAGGAAGUUGACCAUGAACUGGCUCAGAAAAAGAUACAACUCAUUGAAAGCAUUGGCAGAAAACUUUCCGUCCUGCGAGAAGCCCAGCGAGGGCUGCUGGAGGACAUCAAUGCCAAUUCCAUCCUUGGGGAGGAGGUGGAGGCCAACUUAAAAGCUGUUUGCAAAUCCAAUGAGUUUGAAAAAUACCGCUUGUUUAUUGGUGACCUGGACAAAGUGGUCAACCUGUUGCUGUCACUCUCUGGACGACUGGCCCGGGUGGAGAAUGCGCUCAACAGCAUCGAUUCAGAGGCCAACCAGGAGAAGUUGGUGCUGAUAGAGAAGAAGCAGCAGCUGACGGGGCAGUUGGCAGACGCUAAGGAGCUGAAGGAGCACGUGGACCGCCGGGAGAAGCUCGUGUUCGGCAUGGUCUCCCGCUACCUGCCUCAGGACCAGCUGCAAGAUUACCAGCACUUUGUCAAGAUGAAAUCUGCUCUCAUCAUUGAACAGCGAGAACUGGAGGAGAAGAUCAAGCUUGGGGAAGAGCAACUCAAGUGUCUCAGGGAGAGUCUACUCCUGGGGCCCAGCAAUUUCUAAGGCUACCAGCAGUCUGCCACAGCAGCCCUGCCCAGGCACAGUGGGAAGUGCUUUCAGUCUUCAUUAGCAGUUUGCUAGGGAGUAGAUAGCAGUUAGUUAACAGGUUGUUCCAGCCCUUCACCCUGGAUGUCUCUCACUGCCCCUUUCCUAGCAGUGUUUCUAUCCAGUGAGGAGACCCUGGGGAGCCUGCGAACGUCUACCCUAGGGAGCUGCAACAAGAUGUGAGCAUACAACUGCACUCUCCUUCCCACAGUGUGCACGGGCAAGCACUUACUACACACAGAAUCAACCAAGUGCCUUCAUUUUUUUUUUCUACUAAGACACCAAAGAAUCACAAACUCACCCCUGCAGCCCCUCCUGGAAUUAGCCUUGUAAGGCUCAGAGAGAAGCUGCCUGUGCACCUGCACUGUACUCCAGGGCUCUGGGCCCAGCUGUUUCUGGGCCCAGAGAUCUGGCUGCUUUGAGGGCAUUCACUUAGCACCAGUUUCAGGGCCUCACCCAAGCUUUGCAGUAGGAAACACAGAAGGAGGAAUUACACUUAAUUAGCAGAAUGCAGCAAAGAUGGAGUGUCCCCAGGUGCCCCUCAGGAAGGAGCCAGAUGUAAACAAAUUGGCUCCACCCCCACCUUCCCCAGCAGCUAAUUGAGAGGGAAGACGCCUACUCUCAGCCCUCAUCGUGUCCUAAGACUCUGGGCCUACCUUUCAUUUCUGGGCAUUACAAGUGCCUAGUCCAGGGCCUCCCACUGUGGGCCAUUCAUUGUUCUACUAAAGUUGACUUCUGGAUAUAGGUCUCAUUAUUGGGGGGGGAGGGGGUUCGUAUUGUUAUAUUUUAAAUGGCCUUUUAAUCUUAUUUAUUUUUAUGUUUUGAUUGUUUCUUUUCUUUUUAUUUUUAACUAAUAAGGCAAGAAGAGGAAAGUUGGAGAGGGAAAAGUUAGCCCAGAAGGAAAAUCUUUUCUGCAUAUCAGCCUGAUUCCACCAUGGCUAGGUAAGCGAGUGCCAAGGCAUUGAAUUCUUCCUACCAUAGCUACAGGUGUCUAAGAAACAAGUUCUCUCCUUGAACUCAGAGCUUCUGAACCAUGGCCUGGCCCUGUGCCUACCCUGAUGUCUGGGUAAUCAUGAGCUUAACAUUCCCUAGCAAGAUUCUUUUUUUUUUUCUUCUUGUUUUGAAACCAAAGAAUUUCCUGAAACUGACAAAGACUUGUUCAUUUCUCUGCUGUCUCCAAGCUAUGGGGUGAGUGGAGGUGAGCUCAGGAGGAGCUCCUCUAACAAUUACUUUCUUAGCCUGUGGCCUGCCACAGGGAACCAAAAUUCACCAUAGCCAGGGCCAGCCCCCCAGAGCAAAUUAUGAUCCAGCAAAUUAUGAUGCUGUGGUUCCUCCUUAUCCACAGGGACUAUGUCCCAAGACACCCCCCCCAAUGGGUGCGUGCAGCAGAUAGCACUGAACCCGAUGUAUACUGUGUUUUUUUCCUAUAUACCCUGUAGCAUUGGACAGAAUUAAUCAUCCUCCCAUGCCUUAUGCCCUGAUGUUUCCUUGGCAUCACGACUCUUGCACUUUGGAGCCAUUAUUAAGUAAAACAAGAGUUCCUUAAACACAAGCACCAUGAUAGCAGGCCAAUCAAUUUGAUAACCAAGAAGGCUACUAAGGGACUGAUGGGUGUGGAUUGGCUGGACAAAGAGAUGAUUCGUGUCCUGAGUGGGAUGAGCAGGAUGCUGGGAGAUCUCCACAUGUUACUCAGAACAACGUGCCACGUAAAACCUGGGACUUACUGAUUACUGAGAUUUCCCAUUCAAUCUGUCUGAACCACAGUUGACUGCUGGUCACUGAGACUGGAGAGAGUGAACGAAUGGCUAAGCCGGGCGAGGGGGGGGGGUGACAGGUUUGGGGGGGGGGGGCAGUUGCACAAAUUACUAAAGCUGUGGCUGUUGCUGAAGCCUUAUCACUGGUAGCCAGCUUCUGUCCUGGAAGAGCACUAGGGUGGUUGAUGGCAGAAAGAGAGUUGUGACAAAACUCUACCCUUUAGCCAACUCAGUUCUCUGUUCCCUGUUCACUGUGGCCAAUCCUUGGUGUGUUACCCAACCCAGCCCCCCAACACACACUCCCACCGCCCCCAGCAUCUGUCCUCCUUACUGCUGAAUUCCUCAGAGUCCUUGGAGGUUAACUGUGGCAGCAGGAGUACCUCAUUCAGCCAAAGAAUUUGCCAAGGAACUUUGCUGCUGCUACAAAUACUGCUCACUGACUUCCCUUUCCUCUUCAUUGUGUUGGAAAACAAUGGAAGAAUCUGGGCCAGAAGGAUGUCUUGGGAGUGGGUAGGAACCCUUUCUAUGGGGCCCUGGGGGUGCUCUUAGUACUGCUGCUGCCAGAACCACUGUUAGAAUGUCACGCCCCCCCCCCCCCCAUUCUCCCCUGCAGUGGAAGAUUCUACUCUAUUCAGGAAGGCUGAUGGCUCAUAAAGGGCUGAGCUUGUCCAAGCCAAGGUUGAGGAAGGUGGGGGAGUGCUUGAAUAGAGGCUGUGGUUGCCAUCUUUUUUAAAAAACAUCAGUCUGUAAGACAAACAAUAAGCGAGUUGCAAUGUCCAUAUUUGGGAGAUGAGGCUGAUGUGUUGCAUCAGUCUAAGACUUGGGGGCUUUUUGGGAAUAUGGACCCACAGAAAAGAAGGCUCACUUUACCUGGACACCAUGGUCAUAGUCUGGGUUUUUCUACUCAUCUUAGAUUGGCUAUACCUUAAGUUUAGGACACCCUAAAUACUAUGAACUCUGUUAUUUUUGUCUCUCAUGCCACUUCAAAUUAGUUUCUGGAUUUGGAAUCAGACCACAAGAAUUUUCAUUUUUCAUGCAGAGGGACAAUUUCUGAAGCACUUAAAAAUUAAUCCCAAUGAUAUACUGAGCACUGAGGCUCAGCAGACAAGCAUAAACUACUAAGCAGACACUGGCAUGCUGUUGUGAGCAAUAGUACUGCCAUACUACCCAGCAUUACUUAAGAUGCAGUGGCUCUAACCCAUCUCAGUCCCUGGGCCCAUCCCUACUCCAUGGCCUGCCAGGGGCCUACAUUUUAGAAGGCAUACCAAGGGAUUUGCCC